UCAUCAUUAAAUAAGACUAAAUUUAACUAAGACUAAAUUUAAGAAUUUGCAGACAAAAAAUAAAUUUAGUAGUUGUAAUAUUGAUUUCACAAAUACCAAUUUAAUUAAUAUUUCUAAAAUUGUUAAAGCAAAAACUGACAACCGAAUUUAAAUAAAAGAAAUCAGCUGUUUGUAUAACACCUUGUAAAAAUGUGCCCUUGACAGUUUUAUUAACAAAAAGUUAACUUUACCAAAAGUGUUAUUAUAUUCGAAAAAAUUAACUUAUAACUACAUGAAUUUUUUAAUAUGAGUGAUAUUUCUAAAGAUUGUUUAGAGUGCCGUUUAAUUAGCGGAUUUGGUUUAAUUGGAGUUAGUGCUUACAUAUAUUUUCAAGCUAGACACAGAAAAAGGUGGGAAAACUAUACCAUGAAAAUUAUUUCAGCCGGUGUUGGUGUACUAGGAGGGGCACGUUUAUUAAAUCUGCCAUUUUUAAAAUCCAAAAAGGAGUAGCAAACUAAGAAAAAUACAUACAUACAUAUUUUUAUUUAAACAAAAAUCUUAAUAUCUAUUAAACUUAUAAUAUUUGUUAAUA